AGGAAGUACCCAUGCUAAAGACGAUUCAACGCUGGUCUGACAAAUUGGGAUCCAUGCUUCAAGAUUAUUUUGAUCACGCGGACUGGAAUAUGUUCCGGGUAGCUUCCGAAAAAUAAUAUUGACGUGUACAUUGAAACGGUUAGUGUAUAAGUGUAUAGGAGAUGUUGUUCCCACUGUGACUAUUAAAACCUACCCUAACCAGAAACUGUGGAUAGAUGGCAGCAUUCACGCAACACUGAAAGCGCGAUCCACCGCAUUUAACCAUGGCAAGUGUCCAUUCAGCCAUGAAAGAAAGCCUUCUUCUGCUUCGAUCUCCUCCUCCACUCUCUCCGUCUUGCCCUCUUCUCCAUGGGUAUAAAAAGGACAGUUCUUUACCAGCUUCACUUCAUCUGGAACCUCCAGCCUCAUCAAUCCAAACUACUGAACCACACACGGCCUAAUCAUGAGCAGGAAUUACAUGUCCAAGUAUGAUGAGAUGCGUAAGGGAGACUACAUAUGGUCCAAUAACAAGGAAUACAAGGCAGUUUUCCAGGAGGACGGUAACUUUGUCAUCUAUGGCUGGAGGCAGAUGUGGUCCUCUGACACCGCCGGCCAGGUUGACGCCUACCGCCUGUGCAUGCAGGACGACUGCAACUUUGUCAUGUACAAGAGGGAUAACAAGACGAUGUGGCAAACCAAGAGCCAGGGUCAAGGGUUCAAGAUGUGCCGCAUGUACCUGCGUAACGACGGCAACCUGGUCGUUGAGAAGGACGGAGAAGAAAUGUGGAACUCUUCUUCCUCAAAGGGCCACAAGCAGUGAAUGUCCUGACCGCAACUGGCUCUGUCCUAAGGGUCAUCAAGGAAGAUGACUCCUCUCACUCUGUACCAUAAAUCAAAUCCCUGUGUUCCAAUAUCCACAUUAACAUACCACUUAGAAUGAAGUGAUGUGCUGUGUAUGAGUUGUAAGUGGUAUGCUAGUGUGUAUAUCAGAACAUAGCCUUAAGGUAUCUGACUCACAGUGAAAAGAUUAUGCAAUAAACAUUUUAAAU